CAAAUUUCUAUCUGAAUACUUUAGAUCGGUUGUGGGACCUGUGUCUCACCUGAUUGCCCUGUGUAUCCUCAGCCUAACAAAAGUGUGUAAUUCACCUUAAUGUUUGUAAUGUAUGCUUGUGCCGUGCAACACAGGCUCUGUGAGCUGAGGAGAGAGCAAGAUGAAGAUCCGGUGUGUGAUGCUGGCGUGUGCACUGACGCUGAGCUGCGUGUCCUCCGUCCCGAACCCAACCAGACACUCUCACCAUUCACAAACACACGCUCAGUGUUCUCAAAGACUACAGGACCUAGAGAGAAAACCAUACAGACAUCUGCCUGAUGCUCGUACCAUCAAACAUCUGGAGCCAAGAAGGCACUCAGCCCACUCAGCCUUCAUCCACAGAUCCAAGAGAUCUCCAAAACGGAGAGGUUUCCUUCGUAGCAAGAUGGACAGGAAGAGACCGAGUCGUGACGAGAGAGAGAAGGGAAAAGGAAGAGCAUGUGCACUGAGACAAGUCCAGCUGAAAGUGUCUGAUCUGGGUCUGGGCUACCGGAGUCAGGAGGAACUGAUAUUCAGCUACUGCAGUGGCGUGUGUAUAAACCCCCUCACAAACUACGACAAAAUCCUCACCAGCCUCGCCGGCAACGGUAAAAACAUUCUGCACAGCUCCCCUCCCACCGCCUGCUGUCGACCUGUCCAAUAUGACGACGACCUGUCCUUUCUGGAUGACAGUCUGAUAUACCACACCAUGAAGAGGCACUCGGCACGGAAAUGUGGCUGUGUCUAAGCAACUGUGAUAGACAUUGACACCAGACGGGAAAAUCAAUAGAAACAAUUUCAGGUUAUUACAUGUGUGAGCAUGGCUCCGGCGAAGGAAUCAUCAUGACUGCAUUUUGCGGAGAAGAUACAGGAUAAGGAAUUGCAAGAAUAGUGUUGCAAGAUGUUCAAAAACUGGUAUAUACACUCUCAGAAAAGAAAAGAAAAUAUAUAUAUACAAAGCUGUGGCGGUACCCCAAGAUACAACAGCUAAAAGGUACCAUUUAGGGGUAAAUUGUACCAUAAAGUACUGCCUCAGUGACAGCUUUGUAUCUUUUUUUCUGAGAGUGUACAGCAUUUAAGCACCCAGAAGCCUAUUUUUUCUCCUCUACGGGUGUUUUAACAAUCUUUAACAGCAAGACAGAAUAUUUUAUAUGCUGUGCGUUUCUGUAAGUUAUUAUGGUGUCUUUUUGACC